AUAAAUAAAUAAAUAACAGAGCACAUCACCUGGAUUGUACUAAGUCACCCAUUCCUAAUUUCAGACUUCACUCAACGACCAAUAGCCAGUAAUCCAAGUCCCAGUAGGAGAUACGAACUUGCGUUUGAAGUAAUACAAACGAGCAAAGCAAAACCCUUUUUAAUUUGGAUGCAUUCUCAUUUCAUGUUCGUUUUCUUUGAUCAGAAGAGCAAAAAAGGAAAAAGUAGAAGCGAUGAAAAGAAAAAAUAUGGCUGACCGAGUUGAAGAAGGAGACGAGAGCUUGUAUAAUCAUGGAGUGUCCUGGUGGAGAGGGCGUUUGAUUGGCAAAGGAGGAUUUGGGUCUGUUUAUUUGGCUAAUUUGAAGAAACCCAAAUCAAGAAACAGAAUGUAUCCCCCAGUAAUGGCGGUAAAAUCUGCGGAGGUCUCUGUGUCAAGUUCGCUUCAAAAGGAGAAAGAGGUCUUCAACCAUCUUUAUGGUUGUCCAUAUAUUCUCGAGUGUUAUGGAGAAGAAAUUACAACCAAUAAGGAUGGGGAGAUGAUUUACAAUCUCUUGCUAGAGUAUGCUUCUGGAGGAACCCUGGCUGAUCUUAUAAAGAAAUCCGGUGGUCAUGGUUUGCCGGAGUCGGAUGUGAAGAAAUAUACAAGGUCUGUUCUUCAAGGCAUUGCUUAUAUUCAUAGCCAUGGUUACGUGCAUUGCGAUUUGAAGCCUGGUAAUGUGCUGCUUGUGUCCGCUAAGAGUGCUGAAUUUGUUCCAAAGAUAGGGGACUUUGGGUUGGCCAAGAAAAUUGAGAAGAGCAAGAGGAGGAAGUUGUUUUCUUACUUGGGAGGGACUACUUCGUACAUGGCACCAGAAACUGUGGUUGAUCAUAUUCAAGAGCCUCCCUCAGAUAUUUGGGCUCUUGGGUGCAUAGUUUUUGAGAUGUUCACUGGAAAGUCAGUUUGGGAUGUGAAACCUAAUAUGACCACUGAGCAACUUCUCAAAAAGAUUGGUGAUAGGUAUGAAUCCCCUAAAAUUCCUUCUGAGAUUUCGAAGGAUGCAAUCGAUUUCUUGAAAGGAUGUCUGGUGAAGAAACCUGCAUUUAGAUUCACUGCCGAGAUGCUACUGGAUCAUCCCUUUGUGUCAGGAUUAGAUAACAAAUUGGAAAAAGAGUGGAUGGACUCUGUUGUCACAUUCUCUGAUGUUGAAGAUGAAUCUUGUGAUUCGAGCUAUUAUGAAGACUGGCGCUGUAUAUCUGAAGAGGGUUCUUCCUCUUCUUCGGUAGAUGAGAAUGGUGUUUUGCAGUCCGCAGUAUCCUUCAAUUCACAGAAUCAGCAGUCCAAGUAGUGCUCCUGUCUCUGCAUGAUUGGCAAUGCUGAGUUUGCAUCACCACCACGGUUGCUUCGAAUUUGAUGGAACACUUGCAAGUUGUCUUCAUCAUUCCAACUGGUGCACAUUGAUAUACUUUUGUAAUUCAAGCCUGCAACAACUCUCUCAAAAUCAAUGUGAGAGAUUCAAAUUUGAGCAAUCCGAAACCAUUCCACAUAGUGAGAGGGACAUCAAGUACAAUUCCACAAAAGAGAACUGCAAAGAUUUAUUUCAUAUGUUUGGAGGAAUUGAUCAAUACAGCAAAGAAAAUUAAGAGUUUUCUGACAGAAUUGGUUUCAUCUUCGUUCAUGAAAAUUUGGAAGUCCAGUAAAUGAUUAUCAACAAGGUUGAGGAAUCAACAUGUUAUGCAGCAAGUUUUUUCAAUGGUGAAGAUGCUAAUUCAGUUAUCUUGAUUUAGCUGCUAAGCUGUGGAAGUCUGCUCAAGUUGUUUGAAGAAAUGCUCUAGUGCCUUUUGGCUAUGGAGGCUGCUUAGAUAGGGACUUGUUGCUUAUGUUAUAAUUUUCCGGGUAUGUAAACGAUUCUUUACUAAGGACUAAUAAGUUGAUUUCUUUUUUCUGAUCUGAUAUGCAUAGGACUUAUUUUACUUGAUCAAUAAUAAUAAGUCCAUGUAAGUUCACUGUUGUAAUUAUAGUCAUUCAACUUGACAAAUAGAGUUUAUUAAGAGUUUAAAUUC